ACUUGUUCAAAAUUUAUUUCAAGAUGUGUUGGAGGCUCUAUCAAAUGUGGCUUGACGUGCAAAAUCUCCUCAGCUGUGUGUUGACAAGGACACACGGUUGUUUUGCAGCUGGUUGUGUUGUACCAGGAUGAUUCUCUGUAAAUCGUUCUUUAGAAGAAUAAUGACUUUGUUCUAUGAUGCUAGACCCUUUUCACUAAAUCCCAGAAGUGAACUGAACUCCUGCCCAGCCAUCAGAAGGCAGCAGGGGCUUUGGUUGGGCUAAUGAAGCAUAGCACAAAACCUGGCCUGGCCGCCAUGCUGCUCUCACAGCAUGGGGAGGGAAGCAUGAAUGACAAGGGGGCUUUGCAGAGAGCAGGAUCUGGCUGGCCGCAGGUCUGCCUAUGUGCAGCAUGUCCCUGCAACAGCCCCAUGGUGCAUCCCACACCUCCCACUGAUGCCAUUUUGUUGCACACAGCCGGGCCGGCCCUGUGCUAUGAGCACGAGACGCGCCUGGUCGACGACCUGUUCCGGGACUACAACAAGGUGGUGCGCCCUGUGGAGAAUCACCGCGAUGUCGUCGUUGUCACUGUCGGGCUGCAGCUCAUUCAGCUCAUCAAUGUGGAUGAAGUAAAUCAGAUUGUAACAACCAACGUACGCCUGAAGCAGCAAUGGACAGACAUCAACCUGAAGUGGAACCCAGAUGACUAUGGUGGCGUGAAACAAAUCCGCAUCCCAUCAGAUGACAUCUGGCGCCCGGAUCUUGUCCUUUACAACAAUGCGGAUGGUGAUUUUGCCAUUGUUAAAUACACCAAGGUCCUUCUGGAACAUACGGGAAAGAUCACCUGGACACCUCCUGCUAUCUUUAAAAGUUACUGUGAAAUUAUAGUCACAUACUUCCCAUUUGAUCAGCAGAACUGUAGCAUGAAGCUGGGAACGUGGACGUACGAUGGUACAAUGGUGGUUAUCAACCCGGAGAGCGAUCGCCCCGAUCUGAGUAACUUCAUGGAGAGUGGUGAGUGGGUGAUGAAGGACUACCGUGGCUGGAAGCACUGGGUUUACUACGCCUGCUGCCCCGACACUCCCUACCUGGACAUCACGUACCACUUCCUCAUGCAGCGCCUGCCGCUCUACUUCAUCGUCAACGUCAUCAUCCCCUGCCUGCUCUUCUCCUUUUUGACAGGGUUUGUUUUUUAUCUACCCACAGAUUCAGGUGAGAAAAUGACCCUCAGCAUCUCUGUCUUGCUGUCACUGACUGUGUUCCUGCUGGUCAUCGUGGAGCUGAUUCCUUCUACCUCCAGUGCAGUGCCUCUGAUAGGCAAAUACAUGUUGUUUACCAUGGUGUUUGUCAUCGCUUCCAUCAUUAUCACUGUCAUCGUCAUCAACACCCACCACCGCUCUCCCAGCACUCACACCAUGCCACACUGGGUCAGGAAGAUCUUUAUUGACACAAUCCCAAACAUCAUGUUUUUCUCUACAAUGAAACGACCAUCCAGGGAUAAACUAGACAAGAAAAUUUUUGCAGAAGAUAUUGAUAUUUCUGAAAUUUCCGGGAAGCAAGGUCCUGUGCCUGUCAAUUUCUACUCCCCACUUACCAAAAAUCCAGAUGUGAAAAACGCUAUAGAGGGAAUCAAAUACAUUGCGGAAACGAUGAAGUCAGACCAAGAAUCCAGUAAUGCAGCUGAUGAGUGGAAGUUUGUUGCAAUGGUGCUCGAUCAUCUUCUCCUCGUAAUAUUUAUGCUAGUCUGCAUUAUUGGAACAUUAGCUGUAUUUGCUGGUCGCCUUAUUGAAUUAAAUCAGCAAGGAUGAACAUCAAAUGGAAACUAUUCACUGCCUGGGCUGGGACUGGAAAGCAUCUUAACUGCUAAAACCUGGCCAGCCAUGAAAGUUCCCCUGGGACUGAGCAGAGAUACUAAAAUGUGCUUAGCACUUCAGAGCUUCUGCUUGGUGCUGUUUCACUGCCAAAAUGACACGCUUGCUCUACUGCUAGGCUGAAUGGCUGUCAGCCAGAUUUGGGUCCAUUUUACCAUUAGGAAUGUUGACAUGUUAAUAAGACCGUCUGACAUUGUUAUCCACAAAUAUGAUUCUAGUGACAUCAAUAGCAGUAAUAUGUUCUAUCUGAGCUGCAAAUCUGUAUUCAGCUUUAGAGCAGCUUUCAAGCUGGUUUCAAUAUCUGCUCUGUGGUUUUUGUACUGGCAGUGCCACAAAUGCUUCUUGUAACACAGGCUGUAGCCAGCAGAAGUGUCUCAAGCUCCUUGGUAAAGCAUCUGAUUUCUGUGUACAAAUCAGAAGUGACUGACUCUCAUGUGUCAAUCUGCAAUCUCUUAACUUGCAGAACUCUUGGUCCAGCAUAGAGGGAAUGUUCCUUGUUGUGAAAUGGAUCCACUGCUGUUUCUUGCUAUGCAGGCCCAGGGUAAAAGACACAUUGAAGAUUUUUCACCCUUCUUUAUCAUUGAGCUCUGCUCUGUGGCCGCACAACUAUCAUGCAGACUGAGAGCAAGCAUACCUCGGUGUCCCUCUUCACACUGAGUGAUGAGCAUUGCGAGCACAGUUUCGCCUUUGGGGGUGCUCAGUACGAUAACUUAACUGCACCUCUGCUCCCUGAAAAGCACCUCCUGCCCUGCUGGAAUGCAUUAGGAGCAGCAGGCCGGCACGGCUCAGCACUGCAACGACCGCUUCCGAUGCAAGUGCGUGUGACGAAAGGAUCGGACCUCCCCCCAUGUCCGCCGAUUCAACCGAGCUUCCUUCAAACGUUGAGCAGCAGCUCACUCUAGUGACAAAAGCGGGUAGUUGCUUUCGCCCAAAAACGGAUACUGCAAUGGUUUUUUUUUUUUAAGUAAAUAAGACUAAAAGUUUUUAGUCAACCCAAGGAACAAGCCUAUGUCUGUUUCACUAGUACAGUGUGUAGUACACACUAAUAGUACAAGUUCGAGUAGUUCUGCCUAUUAUUCUUAAAAACAGAUAAGCACAAGUGAAGCAAAUGAUACAAAUCACCCAUCUUUCCAAGCUCGCUGUUCAAACCAGGACUACUCUGCUGUCAAUUGCUGUGUGUUUAAUAAAAUAACAUGUUUUAUGUUUGUGCUCUACAAGAAUGUGUCGUGUCUGCAGAGGUCAGGCAUUUGAAACCCUCUGUGGGGGAAAUCAGGCAGUUGAGUAACAUUUCUGUUCGUGCAUAAGGCAGCUUGGGAAUGUUUUGCUGAGCUGCAGUCCUCACCAAAACACUUUGUGCAGGUCGGUCAACCACUUGUAGCACUCUGCUCACUUGUAGCACUCUGCUUGGCUAUUUGGGUUUUGACUUUGGUAAUCUUUGCCUCCCUGGAUGAUCAUUAACGUAAACAGUGGCUGGAGAUGCAUGCUGAGGUAAACCCCUGCUGACAGAUGGAGUGCUUGCUGCAGCUCUGCUUAAUUUCAGUGAAGCUUCCAGCCCUUGGAUGAAGCUAUGGAGCUCACCAGCUUGUCAGGAGCUGAGCUGCAGUGAAGCAGUGCCUGUGAUGCUGCUUAUGUUGGGAGAUGGUGAUUGGUACUGAAGUGGCAGGACAAUCCUUUUAGGGGAACCUGUGGUUGAAUUUUGGAGUUAAAAAUAAACAAGUAACAACAUCUGUGGGUAAGUAGCUGCAUUACCUCUGUUAGGUUUCCUUGAGGCAUCCCUUUGGGUAGUGGUCUCAAAAUUCCAUCUGUGUGAGUGUGUGCUCACCACUCUAGCUCUGGCUCCCUCUAUGCACAGCUAGCUGCCAUGCUGUAGUCAUUUCCUUUCCCUUCCUCAAAGAAACUUCAGAAAUUACUUAUGUAAAAUUUUACAUAUUACCUAUGUGAAAAUUUUUAUUUGUGAUAGUUUGUUCUGUCUUACAGGCACAGUAAACCUCCUGCCUUCCUAUCACACAGUCUUGAUGAACUGGGCAUGUCUCAAAGGUGUGGCACUGAGGGGAAACAGCAAAUACUUUCUCUUCCUGGGUAGCAGAAUCUGUCCCCUGCCUCUCCAUGCAGCCAGUCCUCCAAACAUCAACAGGGCACCCCAGGGGGAAGUUUACAUGCACCUCUUUUUUUUUUUUUUUGCUUUGAAUACUCAGAUUGUGCAAGCCACUUUUCAUGUUUGUUCUAUCUCACCUUCAUGAUAACAUUUCUCUUAGGUAUCACUGAUAGCCUCUGUUAUUAAUAUCCAUCUACUGAAACAC